CUAGUUUAUAAAUGGGGACACCAGGGGUAGCUCGGUGAAAUCAGGCUAACGGCGGUAGCGCGUGCAGUAACAAGGUAACAGGCGCGUUUAGAAAUUUGGCGCUUUCCGCGUGCGCUCCUUUUGACGUGUGAAGAGGAGAAGACGGCCUAAGAACAGCUGAUCCCGAAUUAAGUGUAUACAGCCCUGAAUCCAGACUGACAACUGGAGUAUACAAAAAGUUGCCAGGCACCAACUGAGAUGAAACCUGAUGGGGUUGCUACAACUCCGGCUGAGCCAGGAGAAGAUGUAGUGGAGCCUGUUCCUGAAGUAGCUGCCAGUGAGGAGCAGGUCCAACAAGACUCCAGCCCAACAUCUUCACAGCUUGAGAAGGUUGAAAAUGAAGGUGAGCAGGAUGGAGCUACCUCAGCACCGCCUCUGCCUGGAAAAGAGGUUAAUGGGAAAUUUUCAAAACCUAAGGUCAAGACUACAGCCCCAAUGAAGACCAAGCCUAGUACAGCAGGCACUAAAGCAACGACCACAACAGGUGCCUCGUCUCGUCCUCCUACAGCUCAAAGCCGAGUGGGAAAUGGUGUUAUGAAGACGGUCUCGAAUGGUGCAAGCAAGAAACCUAUGACUAUGAACUCUGAGAUGAAGAAAAGUGCCCCUGUUGGAGUAUCCUCUCAAGUCAAAAAAGGGCCCGCUGCUACAACUGUAGCGCCAAGGACACAGGUGAAGGCAGCUGAGCGAAAAGCUGUUGGGUCUGCCAGGCCAGUACCCUCCACAAGCAGUGGGGCAAGAAAAACUGGAGCAGCAACCUCGCAAGCAUUGAACAGUAAGCCGGUCACAGGAGGCAGCAAUGCUACAGUUAAACCCAAGACCACAGCACCCAGGCCUACUACUGCACCUGCUGCCAAAGCCCCUGUCUCAUCUGCUCCCAAAGCCACCACUGUUCCUAAGACGACCAGGCCUACUGUAGCAACUUCUCGUCCUACCACUUCUUCAGCCCCAGUUAGACCAACAACCACUGCUAGUAAAUCUACAGCCUUAAGAACAACUGUCUCUGCUCCCUCUGGUGCCAACUCUGCAUCAUCACAACCUUCCAAGCUCUCCACUACUGUAGCAGCUAAAAAAGAAAUGAAAACCGCCACCAGUGCAGCGGCCAGAAAACCGUUAACCACUGCCCCUACAUGCUCUACAGCUGCAAAGGCCUCCAAACCUGAACCCCCUAAACCUGCAGCAACUGUCAAACGAUUGGCUACAGACACUAGAACAUCUCAACAAAAAAUCGAUAAAGUACAAGUAACCACACGGAAGAUCCCACCAAGUCCCCGAAACAUUUCCUCACGCACUGCUUCAGGUAGAACGGCUGCAGAGUUCAGUAAUCACAAGCAGGUAGUAAGUAAUAAUCUAGCCCCUGGGAAAUGUCAAACAGCCAAACCAACGCAGUCUGUUUUGCCAUUAGUCAUCAAAGCGAAGCCUUCAGAAGAACAGUCAUCGGAGCCUGUGGAACCCUCUGCUAUUAUAGAAACAGCUGCAGCCAUGGCACCUGUAGAAUCUGUGAUGGAAGCACAAGAUGCUUCAGUUGACCUAGCACAGCCUGAUCAACAGGCCAGUGCACUUGAAGAUCAGGGAGAAGGGGUGCAAGUACUUGCCCCAGAGCCUACAAAUGUGGACAUCAUUUCCACCACAGAGACAACAGAUGCUGAGCCACUAGCUAUACAGUCAGUAGCCAAUGUACCUGUACUUGAAACCUCUAAUUCUCCAACUGUUGUACUAGAAUCUGAAAAUGUUCAUGACGAUGUUUUGGUUGUAGCACAUGGAAUGAAUGAACAAGAACAUGUGACUGUUUCACCAUCUGAGGUUCCAAUUACUGCCCAAGAGCCUCCUAAAGACUUGGAGGUUGUUGAGAAACAAGAGCAGAUAAUUUGCAAUUUUGAAGAAGAAGAGGAAGACGAGAGGGAGGGCAGUCAGCAGGUAUCUGUGUCCGACAUGAGUGGUACACAGCCUACUGAAGAGUCCAGGCCCGGUUCAGCUGGUCUGGCUGGCUCUUUAUGGCGAGCAGGGGGCCUGCCCUCAGAAUUUGACUCUGAGGAUGUAAGCUGUAGCCAGCAAGGGGCCUCAGAGCUUAGUGCCCCUGGUGUUUUAGAAGGCACUGAAAGUAUGGAUGAUCUAGGUGAGGCUAGCCUGAAAGGUGCUGAUGGAGAAGGUGCAUCAGCUGGAUCUCCAGACUUUGAGAAAUUCCCCGACAUUCCGGUCAACGAAGAUGAUGACGACGAAGAUGACGAUGAUGAAGAUGAUUAUGACCGUGUUGAUGAUAUGGACGUUGGAUCAGAAAUGACAGAAGAUCCACACCGGCAGUGCAAUGACAAUGACGAUGAGGAUGAAGAUGUUGAGAUGGCAAGUGAGGGUGUCACAGAGAGUGGCCUUGAAAGUUAUGGAAAUGCAGAUGAAGAUGACUUGGCAGAAGACUACAGAUUGGAUAACCUGAACCGUAUGCAACCUUCAUCCAUUGUUCCAGCCCUUUCUUCACCAAAUCCUUUUGCUGAUGCCUGGAUGCAAUCACUUCAACCAGAUCCUAUGCUUGUCUCCAGUCCAUCUUCCAACCCUUGGCAAACAUACUCAGAAUUGCCAAACCAACCUGCUGCUCAAUCCUGUUUGGAUAUCGAAGGUGCUAAAACAGAUCCGUCUUCUCCUCAGUCUCCAGCUGUUAUGGAUCCUGCUCCAAACUCAACUCGGCCUUCCUCAGAACCGGCUGCAGAGAUGGACAUGGGCCGCAAACAAGACUUGGCAUCUGAUUCCCAACUCAUUUCUCAGUCUAGCACUCUGCCUGACUCAGAACCAGCCAUCCAUACUCGCAGUGGUGCGAGCACACCCGAGGAGCCAAAAGAUUACAGUAUAAGCCCUGGACUAGAGAACCAAAAACAACCCUUACCAGUCAGCCCAGAUCACGUUGCUUUGCCAGACAUUAUGCAGGAUCUAGGAAGUUGUAGAUCUGAUCAUGUAGGGUCUGAACAUGAAGAGGAAGAACCUGAGACUCUGCCUGCAGAUGAGAUGUUGGCAGGUCUCUCAACAGCAUUGACUUCUGCACCAUCAUCCCAUUCUUCUACCACAGGGGAUGUAGUUAGUGACACAGAAGGGGACAUGCAGAUGAGUGACCCUACUGAACCUGCUUCCACAGGAAAUGCACUUGUGUGCUUUGAUGGCACACAAGUUGCUCACAGCCUGUCAGCCUUGGUGGAGGAAUGUGAGGAGGCUUGUGCCGAGCUGGAUGGAGGUGGUGGUGGUAGUGACACUCCUCAGUCUGCCACUUCAGCUGCCUCCUAUGGUUUUGAGUGUACCACCUCUAACUCUAAUGCCCAGUCUACGACAGAGAGCUGCAUUAAAAGCCCAGGCAUUUUUUCUCUGGAAAACGAAGAACAGCUUCCAGAUGAGGCCAAAGAUCCAUCACUUAUUAAGGAGCUGAACCUUGCACCUGCUGGUGCUCCUGGAGAUGCUGACCUCCUUGACCAGCAAGAAGAGGCUCAGCUGAACUCAGAGCAGCAGUACAUGCUUUCUGGGAAGGCCAGUGAGGAGUUGCCAGAGACUUACUCACUAAGUGGUACUGUCCCCAUUGAGACAUGCUUGGAUAGUUCUUCCUCCUCCGAGCCCCAACAAGAUUUGGAUCUUGAUGCACCACAUUCCUACUACUCCACAAUAUGCGAAAAGACUGAUAGCUUCUUGACAGGAAGUGACCUCUGUGUUCAGCAGCAAGACAAGGUGCCCACGGUCAGCGCAAGACCACCCAAGCCCCAUUUUGGAUUACGUGUGGAUCACGUGACCCGUCUGCCUACUGAUCUUCCUCCGAGGAUGCCGAAUGUGGGGUGUAACGCCCAACUCCGUCGUCUAGAACAACAUCAGCAGCAACUUGAGGAGAUUGAACAGCGACGGGAACAACAUAUCCAAAGUGCUGAGAGACAAGUGGAGAAAAGUGCUGAGAGAAACAGGGGGGGAGAAGUGGAGUGGGAGGUUGAACAGAAGAACAGGGAGGAGAAAGAGAGGGAAUUGGAAGAACAGAAGAGGGAUCUGCUUCACCUGCAAAUUCAUCAGCAGCAGCAGGAGCUGAAGCAAAGGCAGCAGAUCAUGCAGUGGCAACAAGAGCUGGAACAACAGAAACAACAAAGUAAGCACCAGAAAAAUGUAAGUACAGUAGUUCUUUCCCCUUCUGGGCUUUGCACUAUCUAUGAGGCACUAGAGACAAGUGAUGCCGAGGAAGACGAAAUGGAAGAGAAAGAAAUGGUGCUGAAAUUAAAGGUAGAGCAUGAAUUUUCUCCCAAAGAGAGAAGCAGCAUCCCAGAGGCAGGCUCCAGUUCAGAUAACCCAGAUUCUCCACAAUCGCAGAACACAUCGCCAUCUCCGAAUCCCGUUCAUGAUCAUGAAGGGUUAACUCAUUCUAUGACCUCAGACAGCCCUCCUCUCUCCGGAACCUGCUCUGCCCAGCAGCUUUCUUCUCUGGAGCUUGACUGGGGCAAGAAAGCCGACAUUGUCCAGCAGCUGAUUAACCAGACGUUGUUACUAAAUGGGGACAACUGCUCCCCCCUUUUGCUCCUCCCUGGUGGGGCUGCUGGGACAUUGAGCCCACUGGAGACGAGCCUGUGGCCCAACCUUCCCCCGCUUACUCCAACUACUGCCACAGUGACUUCUGUUAGCAGCUACUCGGCUGAGCUUUCUGGGAGUUCUCCAAAAGGAGAAUGGACAGUAGUGGAGCUCGAGACUCAUCAUUAAGGCCUACUGUUGGGGUAGGUAGACUAGACUAAAAAGGUAAUAAGGGCAGCUGUAGGGUGUAGAGGAUAUAAAUGAGAAUCAUGGGAUCCUAUUUUUAUUUAGCUAAAAAAAAACAAAAAAGAAUUUUACAGAACCAUAAAUUGUUACACCCCAAGUUAUUCAUUUUAAAACUGUUAGUGUUGGUCACAAUGCUGUAAUUUCUUCCUCUUCCUUAUGUCUCCACCUAAUCCUACUGGAUGGCCAAGAAUUGACCGCACUGAGUCACAGUAUAUUAUGGUAAUUCAUUCUGUACACUCCCCUGCCUCUGCCAGUCAGCCAUGCCAUAUCACACCAGCUCUCAGCGAGCCAUGAUUAGUUUAUUGCAAGUGUCUGGCUGUCUUUUCCUUAGACACUUCAUCAUUUAGCUAGGUGGAACAGAGAAGAAGGCACUACUUGCCUCUUUUAAAGACUGUUCUUGAUGGCUUGCAUGAAAGAAUGAUGGCACUAUUAAGCAUGAAAGCUAAUUGAAGCAGUCCAAAAAUUAAUAGCGCAAUAACUGGUAAAGCAACUGAUGAAUUAUUUGAAGUAGUCAAAUAGUAGUCUUGAGGUUGCUGUCUCCAUAUACUAGAUAACCGGUCACAGUAUGAAGGAAUAAAAAGCAUCAGCAAUACAUGGAACACAAAGCUUUUUUUAGUAUAUCGAUGCUAAUGGGGAAAGUUUACAGGAAAUGUUAAGAUGAGUACUCUUUCAGUAGACAGAUUAGCAUCAUGUAAUUUCACAAAUUCUAAUGAAGGAUCAGCAAAGCUAGCUCACUUCUUUUGGGUGGGGGGGGGGGAGUGGGAAGGUGCCACUUAAUAUUUCUGAAAUGAAAAUUUGAUUAUGGUAAGUAUUUUGCUGAGCACAGUUUGAUACAAAAAUGUACGUGUACUACUUGAACGAUUCACCUUGAACUGUUCAGAUGCAGUGAUGCACCAAACACUACUGAAAGCCAUAUUUAAUCCCUCUUCGUGCCUCAUAAAUGUUUCCGAAUCCAGGACCAUCAUUUUAUCUUGUGUGAACGGAUUUUUGUCAUCUUGUACAUCAUUCUACAUUGUAACUGUACAUGUCAAAGAUGUCUUGGCAGUUCAUCUUAUACUGCCCCAUGUGUUGUAUUUGUAUUUUGUGAAUUUUUGUUUCCCAAGAUUUGUGGUCAUUGUGCAUGUAUGUGGAACAACCACUUAUGUAAUUUAGAUACGUUUUGUCUGGCUAGUCUAUUAAAAAAAAACCUAUACUUGUCCCACAAGCUCAAAAGGAAUGCUUCAAAAAAUUUGGGUAAACUAUAAAGAAUUGUUGUAACCCUUGACAAUGCAUGCUCAAUUUAAUGGGUCACAUCUGUGAGAUUUCCCAUAAAAGUACAUUUAAAUUGAAGUGUUUACUUGUCUAGGUAUUCGUAGAAACCCUUACAUUUUGUACGUCUUGGUUUGUUUUUUAAUUUAUGUUCAAGAUUAAUAGUUUAGUCACUGAAGUCCAUAAUCAGGGAAUCAAGACUCCAGGUAUACUCAGACCCAUAGUACUGUCACGGUCAUCACUAUGUGGAAUAAAAUUUCAUGUCUUGAUGCCGGCUUUUUGUCAGGAUUAGUGUACACACUGGACUUGUCCAUGUUUGUUUAAUAAUUUCAAUGUAAAUAACAAUCGGGGAUCAAGGAAAGACAAAAGGGAUCAGAAUUAUUAAAUGAACUCCAAAAAAAAAAA